GAUUUGUAUGUUGUAUGGUUUGAUGGUCUUGUUCAAAAAGAUGGAUAUUUCAGUCUAUUCGUUUUUCAUAUUUUUAUUCUUAAUAAAUUACACAGCAGCUAAUUUAGUGCAUAGAAAAUUUGAAUAUAAAUAUUCAUUCAAACCACCAUACUUGGCACAAAAGGACGGCUCAGUACCUUUUUGGGAAUACGGCGGUAAUGCCAUCGCAAGUGCGGAGAAUGUGAGAGUAGCACCUUCUUUGAGAAGUCAAAAAGGUGCAAUAUGGACCAAAGUACCACUAAGCUUUGAAUGGUGGGAAGUUGAUAUUUCUUUCCGUGUUACUGGUAGAGGUAGAAUAGGAGCUGAUGGUUUGGCAUUCUGGUACACACAAAACAAAGGUGCCUAUGAUGGAGAAGUCUUUGGAUCAUCAGAUAGAUGGAAUGGUCUUGGUUUAUUUUUUGACUCAUUUGAUAAUGACAAUAAACACAAUAACCCUUAUAUUAUGGCCAUCUUGAAUGAUGGUACUAAACAAUUUGAUCACACAAAUGAUGGUACAACACAACAAAUUGCAGGAUGUCUCAGAGACUUCCGUAAUAAGCCUUUCCCCACAAGAGCCAGGAUAGAAUACUAUCAGAAUACCCUAACAGUAUUAUUCAACAAUGGCAUGACCAACAAUGAUCAAGACUAUGAAAUGUGCUUCCGUGCAGAGAAUGUUUUCCUACCCAAAAAUGGACACUUUGGAGUAUCUGCUGCCACAGGAGGACUAGCUGAUGAUCAUGAUGUAAUUCAUUUUCUCACCAACAGCUUGCAUGUCCCUGGGCAAUUCCAAACCAAUCAAGUUGCUGGUGAUGACCAGCAGAAAUUACAAGAUGAAUAUCAAGAAUAUCAGAAAAAAUUGGAGCAACAAAAAGAGGAAUACAGGAAAGAACAUCCUGAUGAGAAUAAAGAACCCGACAUGGACGACUGGUUCGAAUCGGACUCCCAGAGGGAGCUGCGCCAAAUCUUCCAGGGCCAGAACCAGAUCUACGGGGUGAUCCGCGACCUGAACAAGAAGAUCGACGAGAUCGUCGGCAGACAGGAGAGGACGCUCAGCCUGAUCUCGCAGCAGGGCGCGAUGGUACAUCAGGGGGCUGCGGCACCCCCUCAGCAAGGGGGCCCACCAGCACCGCAGGCCGGCUUCGUGGAUACCAUAAGAAGGCACGAGGUCGACGCGGUCUUCACGAAUCAGAAUCUGAUUCUGUCGGGGGCCAACGAAAUCAAGCAAUUCGUGCUGGAGCUGAAGCAACGCGCCGACACCAUUUUGAACAACCAGGCCAGGCAGCCGACUGCGCAAGUGCAGUCCGUCGGCUACGACACGCAGUCGCUGAUCUCGGAGAUGCGCGACGGCAUGAACCAGCUGAAGCAGAACUUGGCGCAGGUGACGCUGAAGAUGGAGCAGGCGGGCGGCUGCCCGAGCGUCAAUUGCGUAUCGGUGACUAUGGUGUUGGUCAUCGCUGCGGGCCAGCUGGCCGUCAUCUUGGCGUACAAUCUGUACAGGGACAGUAAAGACAACCAGGCCAAAAAAUUCUACUAGAUGGACUGAACAUUUGAGAUUAAAAAUAUUGAUAUAUGCCAGGAUAGAAUUCUUCUGGUGUGACUAGAGAACUUUGGGUAUUGAAUGAUGGUGUCUUCCUAUAGAUUUUUUUGUAUGGUCAUUGCCCCAAUGUUAUUUAUUAUUAACUGUACAUGGUGAAACUUCAUAGAAAAGGACAUUUUAUAUACUUUUGGGUAAUGUAAUUGUAAUUUAUCUGGACUCUCUUUACUAAAAAACGUGACAAUUUUUCAGAAUAGGUUUAAAAAGUUCCAGUUUGGCUGUAUAUUGGUUGUUACUACUUAUUUUUGUUCUGUUUUCCAAGACAUUUUUAGAUGUUUAU